AUCUGUCUCCUUCCUUCUACAGCGAUGUUUAUCACUGUGAUGUUUGGAGCUGGUUGCCGGGAGCUGGUGAACCCGUGGUGCAGCCUGGUGAACUUCACUGGGCAUCUGAAACGGAAGGCUCAGGUGCCCCCAGAAGUAACCAUUGCCCUCCUGGCUGAGGAUGGGCACUUGGUGAAGUUAGAAGAGGAGCUCACCCAGGCCCCUUCCAUGGCCUGUUCCCUGGUACAGGAGCAAGGGACCUAUGUCCUGGUACAGGUCAUUAGUACGUGGGGCCCAAGACUUAUGUGUUGCACUAGAAGGGAGGGACAGCAGGCCACAGACCAACUAAGAUCCUGUUUAGCCUCAGCCUGGCUGGGUCCUGCCCCCGACCGUCCAUCCAAUGCUUGUCCUAAUCCCCAGCCUGGGCCAGGAAACAGAUACAGAAUAAAGGGUAUUAUGGGGACCAGCAGAUGGCCUAGGGCCCCUUUGUCCUCUCUGUACUCUGUAGAAGGGGAAGCUGGGACGCCCACUCACUAUAAGUCGCUACUGGACAAUCUGAAUGACCAGUAUUCAGAGUUAGCAGAGGAGCUGUGCCGGCUCUCCGGCUUUCCAACCACAAGCAAUGGUCAGAGAAGACGCACGGGCAUUCGGCGUGGCCACCGGGAACAAGGUCUCUCUUCAAUGUCUCGAAGGAUGACCUCCCUAUCAUCUAAAAACCGAUAACUGGAGUCAGAGCAGGGUACAGAAGAGCAGGUCCUAUGAUCCGGCACACCACAGCCAAGCUGGACUUGAAUCCAAGGGGACUGGCCCUGAC